AUGACUGUCGCUGAAAACACUCGAGUUCUAUUCAACCGCGAGCCAAAGGGCCUCCCUACCAACGACGACUUCAAAAUCGUCAAGGAGCAAAUCCAACUAGACACGGUUCCGCUCAAGGAUGGAGAGGUCCUCGUCAAGACCCUGUUCUUGUCUCUUGACCCCUACAUGCGUGGCCGAAUGAGAGUAAACGUAGCUUCCUAUGCUGCCUCAUGGCAAAUCGGGCAACCAGCUAAUGGAGGUACCGUUGUCGAAGUCGUUCGAUCUCUCGACCCCAAAUUUGUUGCUGGUGACAAGGCCUUGUCUUUUGGAACUUGGGAAACGUACACUGUCGUAGCCGGAAAGAGCUUGACCAAGGUGGAUGCUCCAGCUGGCAUUCCAUUGUCUUACUACUUGGGUGUUCUCGGCAUGCCUGGUCUUACUGCAUACGCUGGUCUGUUGAAGUUGGGCAAACCAAAAGCUGGAGAAACCCUCUAUGUAUCAUCCGCUGCUGGUGCUGUUGGACAAGUCGUUGUCGGAUCUGCUGGUUCUGACGACAAGGUCGAAUUCAUCAAGACACUCGGAUACGACAAGGCCUUCAACUACAAGACCAUCAACCAUGACAAGGCUUUGGAAACAAACUGCCCAGAUGGCAUCGAUAUCUACUUUGAACAAGUCGGAGGAGGCAAGUUCAGGUUUUGGAUUUUGGUCUUGAAAUUUUGCUUGAGGGCGAGGCCUGAUCCCAGAUAUUCUACUCAACCUACAGAAAUGCUCGAUUCGGUCAUAAUGAAGAUGAACAACUUUGGCAGAAUCCCAUUGUGUGGAAUGAUCUCACAAUAUAACUCCACCGGUGAAAUGUAUGGAGUAAAGAACCUUAUCCAGGCUGUUGGAAAAAGAUUAGAAUUACAUGGGUUCAUCGUGUCAGACUACUCCCAGGAGUUGCAGCCUCAAUUCAUGGCCGACAUGUUGCAAUGGAUUUCCGAAAAGAAGAUGGUCUACAAGGAAGAAGUUGCUGUAGGUCUCGAAAGCGCACCAGCUGCAUUCAUCGGUAUGCUUCAGGGAAAGAACUUCGGCAAGCAGGUCGUCCAAGUUUGA